CCCAGUAGAGAGGGAGCCCUGUGUGACCAACCCGUGCCUCCAUGGAGGCAGGUGUCUUCCUGUGGGACAGGGAUCCAGCUGUUACUGUCCUGAGGGUUACACAGGAGAGAACUGUGAGAUCGACGUGGAUGACUGCCAGUCCAGUCCCUGUGAAAACGGAGGCACCUGCGUUGACAAGGUGGACGCCUUCAUGUGUCUCUGUCUGCCCAGCUAUGGAGGAGACACCUGUGAGACAGACAUUGAAGGCUGUGAGCACGGUUGGAGGAAGUUUCAUGGUCACUGCUACAGGUACUUCACCCAGCGCCACACCUGGGAGGAUGCAGAGAAGGACUGCAGGGAACACAGCGCUCACCUCAGUAGUGUGACCUCCGCUACCGAGCAGGAGUUCAUCAACGGAAUGGGCCAUGACAACGCCUGGAUCGGCCUGAACGACCGCACUGUGGAAGAAGACUUCCAGUGGACCGACUCCAACGACCUGGUGUUUGAGAACUGGAGGGAGAGCCAGCCUGACAACUUCUUUGCGGGCGGGGAGGACUGCGUGGUGACCAUCGCCCACGAGGCCGGCCGCUGGAACGAUGUCCCCUGCAACUACAACCUGCCCUACAUCUGCAAGAAGGGCUCAGUGCUGUGUGCAACCCCGCCCUCCGUGGAUAACGCCCACCUGAUUGGUCGGCGUCGCUCCCACUACGACAUCCACGCUGUGGUGCGUUACCAGUGCUCCGAAGGAUUCUACCAGCGACAUGUUCCCACCGCUCGCUGCCGUGCCGACGGGACCUGGGACCGGCCCAAGAUCAUCUGUACCAAGUCGCGCCGUUCCCACCGGUACCGCCGCCACCACCACGGGCAGCGCCGUGAGCGCAGGAACCACCGGAGACACGGGGGAGAGGACGUCCACCACGACUACUGAACCAAAAACUACAACUCCCACAAUGCCCUGGGGCAUCUCAGCCCCGACCCCUGACCCCUCAAACCUGGGGUUCAGGGGCUCCGAACUUCCCCCUCAUGUCUGCACACUCUGAGCAUCGAUUUUAGGUCUGUUCUCUUAAAGAUACAGCUGGCCUUCUGGCACGUAAACAUUUACGAACCGCCCCUGUUCCCCCUGGAGUUAUGAAACGAAAGGUAGACUCAGCAGAGUCGAAUCACUUCCUAAAACGAAAGGUAGACUCAGCAGAGUCGAAUCACUUCCUAAAACGAAAGGUAGACUCAGCAGAGUCUAAUCACUUCCUAAAACAAAAGGUAGACUCAGAAGAGUCGAAUCACUUCCUAAAACGAAAGGUAGACUCAGCAGAGUCUAAUCACUUCCUAAAACAAAAGGUAGACUCAGAAGAGUCGAAUCACUUCCUAAAACGAAAGGUAGACUCAGCAGAGUCGAAUCACUUCCUAAAACGAAAGGUAGACUCAGCAGAGUCGAAUCACUUCCUGAAACGAAAGGUAGACUCAGCAGAGUCGAAUCACU